AGUUUGACAGUGACUCGCCAAAGUUUGUUUAUGUUUUCCCGGUACGUUGCAUUUCCUUCGCUACAAUUUCCGCGCAUUUUUACAGUUUUCGCAGUGAAAUCCGGUUCCAUCCGUGUCGGUCACGAUGGCCAACCGUACGGUGAAGGACGCCAAAAACGUCCACGGUACCAACCCGCAGUAUUUGAUUGAGAAAAUCAUCCGAUCGCGAAUCUACGAUUCGAAGUACUGGAAGGAGCAAUGCUUCGCCCUGACGGCGGAACUGCUAGUGGACAAAGCGAUGGACAUUCGCUUUCUGGGCGGGGUGUUCGGUGGUAACAUUAAACCGACACCGUUUCUGUGUUUGACCUUGAAGAUGCUGCAGAUCCAGCCGGAGAAGGACAUUGUGGUGGAGUUCAUCAAGAACGAAGAGUUCAAGUAUGUUCGGGCGCUUGGGGCGUUCUACCUGCGGCUGACCGGUUCGUCGCUGGAUUGUUACAAGUACCUGGAACCGCUGUACAACGACAACCGAAAGUUGCGAAGGCAGAACCGACUGGGUCACUACGAGUUGGUUCACAUGGACGAGUUCAUCGAUGAGCUGCUGCGGGAGGAACGGGCAUGCGAUAUAAUUUUGCCCCGGAUUCAGAAGCGACAUGUGUUGGAGGAGAAUAGCGAGCUGGAACCGAAGGUUUCCGCCCUUGAUGACGACUUGGAUGAGGAAAUGCCCAGCGAUGAUGAAAAUUUGGAGGAAAUCGCUGAGGCGCUGAAGGCGAAAGAAAAGGAGAAAAAGCUGGAAACUAUCCGGAUCAGGGACGGCGGCGGCGGCAAACGGGACCGAUCGGAGUCGAGAGAACGGCAACCGGUGGCAGAGAAGGUGAAAGAAUCCACGAGAGAGCAUAAGGACCGGCACCGGGAUUACGACAGGGGACGAGAGCGAGCAGAGCGAGACUACGAACGACGAGAACCUCCGGCGGACACCCGCCACAAGGAACGGGAAGCACGCGAGAAGGAUCGAGAUCGCCAGAGGCGGCACGAGCGUGAUCGGAUGGAUGAUCGCGAUCGGGAGCGUGACUCUCGGCGGUACGGCGAGAGGGAACGAGAGCGAGAUCGCGACAGAGAACGGGAUCGGGACAGGGAGCGUGAACGGCGGGAGAGAGAUUACGAACGGGAUCGCGACCGGGACUAUGAUCGCGAUCGAGACUACGACCGACGAAGGCGAUGAAAGGUGGGUGUUUAAAAUUUUAUUCUGAUUUGUGUGUGUGUAAUGCAAACCACAUGAAAAUGA